AUGGGAUUCCUGGCCUGGAGAAAGGUAACUACCAGAGACGUAAAUGAACGCUGCUUGACGAUUCUUGCGGAUCUUUGGAGCUCUCCCUCAGCUGCCGAUAUAUUCGGUACUGGAACAACGGGAUCUUCCAAGGCUGUGAUGCUGGGUGGUCUUGCGAUGAAAAGCAAGUGGCAGCUUGGAAACCAUGGGAUUCCCGAAAGACGACCAAAUGUGAUCAUCGGCUACAACGCGCACAUUUGUGUCAAGAAGUUUGCCGAUUACUUUGAUAUGGAAGCUCGAUUGAUUCCAGUAUCCGAAAGAACAAAUCUUUCGGUUACCUACACCGGCCACAAUGACCCAAUCGAGAAAGUUUCCAAGAUGUUAGAUGAGUAUGAGCGCGAUACCGGGAGUGAUAUCCCCAUUCAUGUCGACGCGGCAAGUGGGGGAUUUGUUGCACCGUUUACCUCAAGCAAUGAAAAUUUCGUUUAG